AUGAACAUUAUUGAGAGAAGAGAAAAGAUCGCUGUAGUUCAAGCGAAUCUGCAAAAGGGGUUAGCGGCGACCUCAGAGAUGAAUAAAUGGCUGGAGAAAGCUGAGAUUGCAUUAAUUCAAGAACCAUAUUCGGUUAAAGGCAAGGUGGCUAGUUUAAGUAGAAGGCUUCAAGUCAUUCAGGCUGAGGCAGAGAGGCCUUUGGCAACAGUGGUUGUCUCUAAUUCUAAUAUUGAUAUCCUUUUUCAUAAGGAUAUAAGUAAUCAUAAAUGUGUAUGUUGUGAGAUAAUCGUUUUUGGUCAGAGGAUUAUAAUUGUGAGUAUAUACCGCCCGUUCGGAGAAGAGAUGGCCAACACCUAUAACAGCAUUGAAAGGAUAAUGCAAAAGUUCACAGGACAGGCCAUUAUUAUAGGAGGGGACUUUAAUGUCCACUCUCCAGUCUGGGAAGACCCAUUGCAGGAUACUGAGGCCGAUGAAUUCCUAGAUUUUUUAGCAGUGCAUGAGCUGCAUGUGGUUAAUGAUCCGGCAUCGCCUCCAACGUUUGUUAGGCCUAGAGGACAAAGUUGGAUCGAUGUGUAA